UGACAAUAAACUUAUAUUGGAGUUGGACGUAACACACUUUAUUAUCAAAGGGGUGAAAUAAUGAAGCUGCCCCGAUCGAGUCUACGAUGAGAAAGAGAUUAGCAAAACUAGCCGGCUGGCGUGACGAGUCAUCAUGGGGCAGGUAGUUUUUUUCCUCGGAGCUCUCGUUCUGGCUAGCUCCUGGCUGCUAGUGCUCACUCUCGAGGAGCAGACGAAAAAUGUUUUUGGCCAUUGUAUACUUCCGCUGGGUAUGGAGGAGGGAAAAAUACCGGACGAUGCCAUAACGGCAUCCUCGAGCUACGAGAUGAAAUCCGUCGGGCCACAGAAUGCCAGGAUACGUCAGGAGAAGAACGGGGGCGCCUGGUGUCCGAAGGCGCAGAUAAGCAGCGACAUCCGCGAGUACCUGGAGGUCGACCUGACGAGGGAUCACCUGAUCACGUGGACCGAGACGCAGGGCCGCUUCGGCAACGGCGAGGGCCAAGAGUACGCCGAGGCCUUUUUUCUCGAGUACUGGCGUGACUUCAAGUGGCACUCGUACAAGAACCUCAGGGGCGACCGGGUGCUACGAGGCAACAGCAACACGUAUCUCGUCGAGCGGCAAAAGCUCGAUCUGCCGUUCGUCGCCAGUCGGGUGCGCUUCGUGCCGUACAGCCAGCAUCCGCGCACCGUCUGCAUGAGGGUCGAGAUUUACGGCUGCGCCUGGGAACAGGACGUGGUGCGCUACACGAUCCCCGUGGGCGAGACGUACGGGCCCGGAGGCAGCAACGUCGAGGAUUCGUCGUACGAUGGUCUGGAGGCCAACGGCACGCUGUCCGGUGGCCUGGGCCAAUUGACCGACAACGUGCUGGCCGACGGCUUCGAGUUCAUCGGCUCGGCCCACGCCAACAAUUGGGUCGGCUGGAGUCGGCGCAGCCAAGUCGAGCUGCUCUUCGAGUUCAAGGAGGAGCGAGAGUUUCACAAUUGCAGCCUGCACGUGGCUCACGUGCCGAGGAAAGAAGUCGAGGUAUUCUCGGCAAUUGAAGCGCACUUCUCGCGCGACGGACGCGAGUAUCACGCGUCGAGCGGCAAGAUCGAUAUAGUCAACGGCUUCUCGUCGACGACAGCCACCGUCUCCGUGCCACUCCAAUUAAAAAUCGGCAAAUUCGUUAAGCUCGUCGUUCACACCAGAUCCAAGUGGUUGCUCAUCAGCGAGGUGACUUUUUACUCGAUCGCGGGCCUGAGUAACGUAACGAACGAGCUGAGACCGGAGCUGAAUAACAAUGUGGCGAUGAUGGAGCACGCCAACGAGACUGACGCGCUCCUGAUCCCCGAAGAGAGAAACCGCACGAGGAGCGAGAAAAACGACACCACUUAUCCAAGCAAUCCGAAUUUAACGCCCGAUGCCUUUCCCAUCGGCAAUUCGCAGACUUACAUUGGCUUGAUAAGCGGAGUUCUGACGGUCGUGGCGAUUCUGGCCACCUGCACGACGGUCUUCCUGAUGAAGCAGCGCGGCCGCAACAAGAUAGCCCUGCUGCAGAAGCACACGGCCCUGCUGUGCGGGCCCACCGCGCCGGGCAUCACCAUCAACAUGAAGGACAUCAAGCUGCCCGGGCCGAUAGUCUGCAACAGCCUGAGCCAGGCGCGCCUCAAGAGCGCCAAGGCCAAGGGCGGAUUCGUCUCGGUCCUCGGGGCCAACGGCGGCUCGACGAUGACCGCGGCCGCGGCGACGGACGCCUCUGCCUCGGUCAACGACGACUGCGACAGCAGCACGUUGCGCAGCAGCGACAAGGGCAGCGACCAGUACGAGCAGUGCAGCGCCUACGAGAAGACCUACAAGCUCUUCUCCGAGGAGAAUCUCGCCUACGAGCCGAUAAUGGGAAAGCCCGACAGGUUUUCCUCUUGCAUCGGCAUCGCGGAUUAUUCGAAUGGGAAUAUAUACCACGAGGAUAAGUCGACCGAGAGGAUUUUGCCGUCGUCCUUUUCUCUCAAGCGGCACAGUCACAAUGUCAACAAGUCCAAUCACAAGGUGCACGAAGGCUACUACGCGGCGACCGAUAUUUUGACCAUCAAACGGCGCGAGCAGCAGCACCCGUCGACCAGUCUGUUCACGCCCUUGAGGAUCCAGGAGGGCGUCCAAUUGUCGAGCAUCUACAACAUUCAGCAGGUGUCGAGGCAUCGGCUGAGGAUCCUCGACAAGUUUGGCGAGGGCAGCUUCGGCCUCGUCUAUCUGUGCGAGGCCAAGGGCAUACAGAGCCCCGACCUGGGUACGAUACGCAAUAAGCAGAUCGUCAUCGUCAGGUCUCUUUGGAGAGGAGUCACCGAUUCGCUCAAGAAAGAUUUCAUGAAGGACAUGCAUCUGCUGGCGGCAAUACGCGACCCUAAUGUGGCGAGAAUAAUGGCCCUGGUGGAGGAGGAGCCCAUGGGCGCCGUAUUCGAAUACGGCGAGCUCGGUGACUUGCCGACCUUCAUGAAGACCGGAAACGAGAAUUCCAACGACGACUUCACAUUGAGUUACGGCUGUCUUCUCAACUUUGUAACUCAAAUUGCCUCGGGCAUGAAGUACUUGGAAAGUAUGAAAAUUCCACAUUGCGAUUUGGCUGCGAGGAAUUGCAUAGUUAAUAAAAACCUCGUGAUCAAGGUAUCGGACCACGCGCUCUACUGCAGCAAAUACGACCAGGAGUACUACGUGAACGGAUAUUAUGCGAAAAUACCAUUGCGUUGGAUGUCCUGGGAAGCCGUACUCAUGAACAAGUGCACGAGCGAGUCGGACGUGUGGUCGUUCGCCGUCACAGCUUGGGAAAUUUUCGGCAGCUGCAGCGAACUGCCCUUCGCCGAGCUGACCUCGGAGCAAGUGCUGGAGAACUGCAGCCGUUGGUACCAGAGCGUAAACGGCGGCAAUCAACAGCAGCUGCCGCGCGUCCUGCCCCAGCCGAGCCUGUGCCCGCGCGAGCUCUAUCGCGUCAUGAGCAAGUGCUGGAGUCGGCGUGCCGAGGACCGACCGACCUUCCACGACAUCCAUCUGUUUCUCAAGCGGCUGGCCUUCGACUGAGAGUUACUCAAGCGCAAGACGCAACGCGACAUGAAUACCUGGCCAACGCCGCCGCUCAUGUCUUGAUGAUCGGACGCAAAGACUGACUCUUGCCCCCUUUCGCUAGACGACGACGACGACGAUGACUGACGAUCUCUAUUUCUUUACUUCAGCGUGAUGUGUGCUUAGACUUGAAAUAAUUUCAGACUCUAACGCUAUGGACAAAUGUGUCGAGGGCCUGUCUUUUUUCAUUGCCAAAUUGCCAAGGAUCUAGGCUUUAUUUUACAAUUAUUCACGAGCCAAUGUCAAUUGACGUCUAGGUAUAAAUAAUAUAUAAUAAAAACCAAUAUAAAUAUAUAAAACAAGAAUUGUAUAAAUAGUGUGAAAAAAAAACAAAAAAAACUGUAAAUACGCCCCUGGGUUUAAUUAAUUCACGAUAUCCAACGAAAGCCACGUGUGCUACACAUACAAAUAUUGUAACUGAAUAAUUAGAUGCAAGACUUGGUAGUUUUUUGAUGAAUCCGAAACAAUAGAUAAAUAGACUCAUUAGAAGAAGGUGACGCCAUCGCGUGGACCAAAUCGAUGUAACAAUCAAGUUAUCGUAUGUAUACGGGGGUGGCUUCAAUCGCGUCUGAACUGAAUAUCUUGCGAACCACCUGCCCCCCCCCCCCUCAAACAGAAUUCGCCGAUUGUCUUAUAUAUAUAUUUACAUAUAAACAAGGGGGGAAUGGCUAUAGGGAGCAACGCCUAGCCAUGCCACGAUUUAUAUUAUUACAUAAAUUAGCUAACGCAUUAUUGUAGUCAGCACAGAAAUUAGCAACGUGAGAAAUAUUUUUUGCAAAUGAUAAUUCCGCGAAGAAGGAUGCUGAGUGGUUUCGUAGAAUUAUAGCGAAUGAGAGUUUUAACGAAUGAAACCUUUGAUUUUCAAAGUGGAUUUUAUGGAUAAAUGCAUAUAAACUCAUUCGAACUCGAUCAUAUUUCACUGCAUCAUUUUUUCGUAUAAUUUUCAAAACAGAUUAGUCAUCGACGAAAUAACAAACGUGUGAUUAAUUCUUCGAUGGAAAAACAAAAAAUUUAAUGAACAAUUUGCAAAACAUCGGACCAUUAAUUCGUUUCAAACAUAUCGAAAUGUGCACAUGCUCUUUUAUACAUGCAUAUCAUAUGUACCAAUUAUCAGCUAUUUCGAAUUCUAUUUUUUUUUGCAUCGAAUUGCAUUGACCAAGUUUGCAUUUAAGCCGUAUUAAAAAAAUACGACAUUUUGUUUUUUAUUCCAUAGCCAACAGAUGUUUUGAGCAAAAAAAAACAUAUCUAUCAUAUUUUUGUCAACAAUGUUCAAACGUCGUCGAUAUAUCAGUCACGAAAAUUUUGCUUGAUAAUUCUCGCGUAUGUUGACGUUGAUUUUAAAUAUUCUAUACAAUAAAUAGCACUUCAUCAUUAUCACACGAAAAGUUUUAAACGAAAAAUAUCAGCUGCACGUCCAAAGACUUGGAUCUUUUUUUCUCAUCAUAAACCAAACAUUUCAUUGUAAUAUACAGUUGCACACCCAUCGCUCAUAUAUAGGCUUUAAAUAUAUUUUAUAAUUGCUUACGACACAUUACAAAAUAAGCAAAAUCACUUGUCCUCCAAGCAGCAUAAAUAUCUAGUCUAUCUCGGGACUUUGUAUAUGAUUGGAUUGUACAUAGAAAGAUUGUUGUUGAAAUUUUGAAUUUUGUGUGUGUGUCCAUUUGUCCCGAAAUCAUCUAAAAUUCAUUUCAAUUGUCUUUAAUGUAAGAAAACUGUCAACCCUAUACUUUGAAACAUGUGUAUGAAACAUAUAUAUUAAUUCUAUAUAGAUAAGUUGUAAGCUUCGAUAAAAUAAAUGUGUUGUUAUCCUCCAGGAAGUAUAUUAUUUAUUGUUCAAUUAGAAUGUAUAUCUCGGUUUAAAUGUAAAAGUAAAAAUGAAAUGGGAAUUUGCAAUUCAAGUUGAUACAUAUAAGUAUAAGUUCUUGAACGAGAGAUGAAUGAGCAUUUCCGAAUAUUUGUGAAGUAAAUGAAUGCAUGUAUUAAACUAGUAAACAGUGUAGGAAAUAUGCCAAAACGUCACCUAAACAACGACAAAACGAAAAAGCGCGAGCAAAUGGUGAAAAGACAAGUUUAACGUUACGAUUAAUGGAUUAUUAAUACCACUUAACGCGUAAUCGUGUAUAAAAAUAUUUCGGACGGAUCUGAGUUUUUACGAUUAGUAUGUAAAAUUUCAAAUGUUAAAUUAGUUGGAAAAGAAGAAACAAAUAAUGUAGGAACGUUCCACUAAAUAAUUUUCGAGCUAAGAGACAAUCAAUUUCGUGAAACAUUAUCAGAACGUCGAAUUGCGAGUACGUGUAACGGUGUAAGGAUGAUACAUGUAAUAUAUAUUCAAGUUGAGCUGUAUUUUGUAAACGAAGCAUUAUUCUUUCAUUUUACUGAAAAAUAAAUUUUUACAAAAAAGUGAGAAGAAAAUGAAGCCAAAGAAAAUGUAACGAGUUAAGAAACUUAUCGCAUGGCACGACAAAUCGCAGCUUAUUGUUGAAUUAUAAUCUGCGAUUUCAUUGUCGUGUGUGUACAAAAAAAGUCAUAUCAGACGCCUCGUUUUACAUGAAAAAUGAAAAAUGAAAAAUGAAAAAAUAAAUGAAUGGUGCAUUAUGAAUAUAUGUAUACAUUUCAAUAGCAUAUAAGUAUAAAUGUAUAUUAUCCUAUUUUCGACCUACACACUUAUAAGAUUGGUAAAGAGCGUUUGAAAUGAUUUUAACGAGCAAUUGCAUAAUAUUAGAUAACGAGCAAAAAACUGCGCCAAGGUGUUGAAGACUAUACAUAAAAAUUUAAAUGCCUUCGAAGAAAACAACCGCAUAUAUCACAUCAUGUGCACAGCAGUCACUAAAUUUAUACAUGUGACUAAAAAAAAGGAAAAUAUCAAGUGCAUUUUCAUGGCGCAGCGUAACGAGCGGUAUCUAUCUAAU